AUGGGAGCCAGAAGAACAUCCUUUUUGUCGCUUUCCAAAAGACCUGUCGUGCAAAGAAUAAAGCUUUACAAUCUGCAACUAUUUACAGAUGCCUUUAAUGGGUCGGUGACAUUUUUGCCUUUGGAGCAAACCUGCGAAGGCCAGUACGAGGUGAAGGUUGGCAAUAUUUAUCAGAUUCGGCUUCGGCACAUACAGGACGACGAAUGGACUGUGUCGGUGUUCCUGAACCCAGAAAAAUAUGUUUCUGAUGGAAUUGUAUAUCCUAAAGCAACAUGGCUUGGAAGUGAAUUGCUUUCUAAAGUGGUUAAAUGGUCUACCGAGAUCACAAAGAAUGAAUUUAAGAGUACACUCUCUCUUAUUUCUUUGGCUAGAUACACCAAGGUUUAUCAGGAUUUAAAGGAAAAAUACAGAGAGAUUGUCAAAGUUUGGCCUGAAGUAACAGAUCCUGAAAAGUUUGUAUACGAGGAUGUUGCCAUAGCUGCUUAUCUACUGAUCCUUUGGGAAGAUGAGAGAACUCUGAGAAGCCUGUCCAAGAAACAAUCUUUUGUGGAUCUUGGCUGUGGAAAUGGUCUCCUAGUUCAUAUUUUAAGUAAUGAGGGGCAUCCAGGAAAAGGAAUUGAUGUCAGAAGAAGAAGAAUAUGGGAAAUGUAUGGCCCACAGACAUGCUUGGAGGAGAAUGCCGUUAAUCCAAACAAUCUUUAUCCAGAUGUUGACUGGUUAAUUGGAAAUCAUUCUGAUGAGUUGACACCAUGGAUACCUGUCAUAGCAGCCAGGUCUUCCUAUUCGUGCCGCUAUUUUCUGCUGCCUUGCUGCUUUUUUGAUUUCUACGGAAAGUACAACCGAAGACAGAGCAAGAAGAGCCAGUACAGAGAAUAUCUUGAUUUUGUUACAGAAGUCGGGAUCGUAUGUGGCUUUAAUGUAGAAGAAGAUUGCCUUAGAAUUCCUUCAACAAAAAGGGUGUGCUUAAUUGGAAUGUCAAGAACCUACUUGGCAGCACAAGAUUCUGCGUUUGAGGAACAGAGAAGGCAGUAUAUCAGGAAGCACCGGUCCUGCUGCAUAACUGUGGCGUUGGACGAAAGGGAUGGCUUGCCCCGGGAGCAGAGCCUCUCAGCUGCAGGCGGGGCUGCUGGUCUGGUGCUGUGUGAAGAGGCCUCUCAGGAGGGAGAUGUGCGGGCAGGCUUGCCAUCUGGGUUUCUACCCCGGGGAAAAGAACAAGCAAGAAACUGCACCGCUCUCCCGCAUGCGUUUGUGGACCGGGUGGCGUUGACAGUGGCCCACCUGUUGUUAAGUGAGACGGAACAGAGCCUGCGUGGACAGUCCAGCCCGUGGAAUAGAGGAGAGAGUCUUCCCUUGAGUGAAAUUGCCGAACGUUUAGACAAGGACACUUUGAAAACUUUGAAGAAGGAAUAUGGAGGCCUACAGACCUUGCUUAGAAAUAAUUAUCAAGUAUUUAAAGUUCAAAAUGGGAAAGUUCAUAUUCGUGACUGGAGAGAAGAGGAGAGGCCCAGGAGACAGAUGAAACACCGACUUCCUUCUAAAGCCGUUAAAACUCGCCUGUGUUGGUUUUACAUGCAUCACCCUCAAGGCUGCCCUCUGACUUCUCCAUCUUGUCCUUAUGCUCAUGGAACCGCAGAGCUGAACCCAAGAAAUGGAAUGCCGAGCCAUAAAGAGUUGCUUGUUCAGAUUUGCUAAAUAAAAUGUCUAAUGUCAUAAAGAGCAUCUAUCUUAAUAUUAUGGUGGCAGCUUCUGUGUUUAUUCUGCUUCAUAAGACAAAAAGAGGCCCCCUUGUAGCACAGCGA